AUGGCCAGGUUGCCCUACAGGAUCAUUAAGGAAAUCCAGCAUUUGCUGGCAGAACAAGUUCCUGUAAUCAAAGCAGAACCAGAUGAGAGCAACACCUAUUAUUUUCAUGUGGUCAUUGCUGGCCCCAGGACCCCCCCCCCCUUUGAAAGAGGGACUUUUAAACUAGAACUAUUCCUUGCAGAAGAAUACCCAAUGGCAGCACCUAAGGUAUGUUUUAUGACCAAAAUUUAUCAUCUUAAUGUAGACAAACUGCAAAGAAUAUGCUUAGAUAUUUUAAAAGAUAAAUGGUCCCCAGCACUGCAGAUCCAAACAGUUCUCCUGUCAAUCCAGGCUUGGUUAAGUGUUCCUAAUCCAGAUGCUCCAUUAGCAAAUGAUGUACCUGAGCAGUGGAAGACCAACAAAACCCAAGCCAUAGAAACAGCAAGAGCAUGGAUUAGGCUAUAUGCCACGAAUAAUAUUUAA